GGUGCGGCGGCGGCGAUGUGCUCUGCGGGGAGGCGCUGGGGCCGGCAGCAGCGAGUCCUGCUCUGGGGCGUCCUGCUGGCGGCCUGGGAGGCGGCGUGGGGGCAGCUGCACUACUCGGUGCCCGAGGAGAUGCCCAAGGGCUCGUUCGUGGGCGAUGUGGCCAAAGACCUGGGGCUGCAGCUACCACCGCUCCCAGACCGUGGUGUCCGAGUUGUCUCUGAAGACAGGACGCAGUAUUUUGCUCUGCACGGGAAGACGGGACAUUUAGUGACGGCCGAGAGGAUCGACAGAGAGCAGCUGUGCCGGCUGGUGGAGAAAUGCGUGCUGCGCUGUGAGCUGAUAGUGGAGGGGGAAAUGAAGUUUUACGAAAUCGAAGUAGAAGUCACGGACAUCAAUGACAACGCGCCCAGCUUCCACGAACCAGAAAUAGAACUUAGAACUAGCGAGACGACGGCUCCGGGGUCGCGGUUUCCCCUGGCCGAGGCUCAUGACCCGGAUUCGGGACAGAAUUCCCUGCAGAGCUACGAGCUGAGCGGCGACGAGCACUUCUCGCUGGCCGUGCAGACGGGCCCCGGCGGGGAUCAGCGUCCCGAGCUGGUGCUGGCGAAGGCACUGGACCGGGAGGAGGCGGCGUUCCACGAGCUGGUGCUGAGGGCGAUGGACGGCGGCGAUCCGGCCCGGACGGGCACGGCGCGGAUCCGCGUGACGGUGGUGGACGCGAACGACAACGCGCCCGUGUUCAGCCAGGCGGAGUACACGGUGCGUGUGCCGGAGGACGUGCCCGUGGGCUCCACCCUCGUCACCGUCACGGCCACCGACACUGAUGAGGGUCUGUACGGCUACCUGAAAUACUCGUUGAAAAAACUGUCGGACAUGGCAUCGGGUAUUUUCCAUCUGAACACUGAGACUGGAGAGAUCACGCUAAUGAGAAGCCUGGACUUCGAGGAAGGCGACUACUACGAACUUGAAGUGCAGGUGCAUGACGGUGGAGGCCUUUUCGACACAGCCAAAGUCACGAUUGCAGUUACAGAUGUCAAUGAUAACGCACCUGAGAUUUCCGUGCGGUCGGCACUAAAUGAGAUCUCAGAGGACUCCCCGACGGGGACUGUUGUUGCCCUGCUGCACGUGCAGGACCGAGACUCGGGGGCCAACGGCGAGGUGCGCUGCUCCCUUGACGGGGAUGUCCCUUUCCACCUGGAGAACUCGCAGGGCAGCCACUACCGCGUGGUGACAGCGAGAGAGCUGGACCGGGAGCAGCAGUCGGAGUACAACGUGACGGUGCGGGCGUCCGACAGCGGGUGGCCGGCGCUGCAGAGCAGCAGGGUGCUGGCGCUGCGGGUGCUGGACGUGAACGACAACGCGCCGGUGUUCUCGCAGGAGCGCUACAGCGCGCGUCUGCGGGAGAACAACGCGGCGGGCGCGCUGGUGCUGGUGGUGCGGGCGACGGACGCCGACUGGGGUGGGAACGCGCGCGUGCGGCGCUGGCGCCGCUCGCAGCAGCAGCAGCAGCUGCUGGCCACGGCCGGCGCCGCCUUGCGGGGCGUGCCUGCCACGCACUUCGUGGGCAUCGACGGCGUCCGCGCCUUCCUGCACUCCUACUCGCACGACGUGUCUCUCACGGCCGACUCGCGCAAGAGCCACCUGCGCUUCUCGGCCGCCAGCUGCUGCGACACCCUCCCGGCCCGCCCGCCACCCGACGAGCCCGCGCCACUGCUCGGAGAGGAGGAACCUGCCGGUGACCGUCCCACCGACCCGGCCCCUCCCCCGGUGGAGUCCAAGAACUGA